AUGGACAAGUUAGAAGAGAUACCAAUGGGUCAGCAGACGUUUCUUUACGGUUGUGUGCUUGAAUCCGGAAAGGAAGUGAAAUUCAAUCCUGAAGACGAUGAGUUUGAGCAUCAGCUGGAUCUACGAAUGGCGUGUGCUGACCCGGCCACAAAAGAUGAGCUUCACAUGGUAGAGGUGGAAGGACAAGACCAUGAGGGAGAGAAAGUGACAGCGGUGCUCGCUUCUCUGAAGCCGUCCACCCUUCCAAGUGUGUCUCUCGGAGGGUUUACCAUCACACCCCCUGUAGUUUUCCGUCUGAAAACUGGUUCUGGUCCAAUCUAUAUCUGUGGUAAUCACCUCGUCAUGUUGGAAUCUAAUCACUCGUUGGAUGACGAUGAUGAUGACGCCGAUGAUGAAGAGGAAGAGCUUGAAGAGCUCGAUGUCAAACUGUCAAAGAAAAGACCCGCCAACUCUCCUGCUGCCAAGUCUCAGAAAAAAAUGAAGAUGGAAGUUGAAGGCAUAGAAGAGGAUGAUGAGGAUGAUGAGGAUGAUGACGAGGAGGGUGAUGAUGAUGACGACGACGAUGAUGAUGACGACGACGAAGAAGAAACCCCUGUUAAGGCCAAACCGAAACCAAAGUCUGCUCAGAAUGGCAAAAGCUCAAACGCGAACACUUUGGCCACCAAGAAGACACCCAAACAGAAAGCAGAAAAAUCAUCUAAAAAACAAACUGCGCCGAAGGAAGCUUUAACGCUUCCUGAGAUCCAAACCAAGAUGGCGGAGGCAAUGAAGAAGGGAAUAACACUGCCAAAAGCCCAGCAGAAAUUUGAGAAUUAUGUGAAGAAUUCAUAUAGAGUCUCUGAUGCUAAGGUUGUUGCUGAGCUCUGGAAGUGGAGACAAACUGUUGGGGACCCAAAAUAA